AUGAGUGGAUGUGAUGAUUUAAUUCGUGACUACUGGUUACGUGAAAGAAGUAUUAAUUCAUUAGCUUCACCAUUGGGUUCCUCAAGAAUUUUGGUGGGUUCUGGAUGGUUCCGAUUUCGAUCUGAAAGUGAACAAACAAAUAGUAUGGAUCUUAUGCCUGAUAUCACUCAAAGUAAUGUAACAUUUGCAAACAUGAUGAGAAAUGCUGAAGAUGUUAUAUCAAAUGAAUCAAAUAAGAUGAAUAUUGACAAUGUAGAGACAACUUUACCUAAUGUGAAAACAAAUAAACGGAAGAAAUCUGUCGAUUUUAUAACGAGAACGGAAAUUAUUCAAAAUAAUAAUAUGGAGAUAUCUGAAAAUGAUUUGAAUGAAGUAGACUUGAAACCAAAUAAGAUUAACAAAUCAGAGAAUCUCUCAAAACAUAUUAAUAACGAUAGUGAGUCUAAUGAAGCUGGUAUAAGAUCAAAUAAGCGAAAUAAAUCCAUGAAUUUCGAAUUAGAAACAAAUAAUAUUCCAAGCGUCAAUAAUUCGGAGUCUACUGAUAAAGUCAAUUAUUUGAAUAAAGUCAAUAAUUUGGAUAAAGUCAAUAAUUUGGAUAAAGUCAAUAAUUUGGAUAAAGUCAAUAAUUUGGAUAAAGUCAACAAUUCGGAUAAAGUCAAUCAUUUGGAUAAAGUCAAUAAUUUGGAUAAAGUCAAUAAUUUGGAUAAAGUCAAUCAUUUGGAUAAAGUUAAUAAUUUGGAUAAAGUUAAUAAUUUGGAUAAAGUCAAUAAUUCGGCGUCUACCGAUAAUGAUAAUUUAAGUGAAAAGGCACGAGGAAAAACUAUUAAAAUCGAAAUUUCAGCAAAGGAUCGCACCAGCGGCUCUACUCCAAGAUCAUUCACCAUAACACGUGCUCAAGUUUACAAGGAACAGGAAGUGGUGCAAUCCGCAUCAUCAAAAAAAACUACAGAAGCUCAAUCAACUAGUAUUGGUGUAACCAAAAAUAAUGGAACCAUUGACGCGUCGCAUCAAACGAAUAUGGAAUGGAAAGGAAGUCUUAUCAAAGGUAGCCUUGUACAAUUUAUCGCUACAGUAAUUCUAAAACCAUUGCCGGAUCAUUGUCCAGAUUCCUCGCUCUUGGAAAAACCAAAUGUUCCAUUAAUCCUUCUUGAAAAGACAUUACUUUCCCAACCAACAUCGUCUGAAAACUCUAAAUAUCAAAAAAUACUUCCACGACAAAUAUUAGAUGAUAAUAUUGAUUUACAAAUGUGUGAAAUUUAUCUCAAUUUUAUGGAAUACUUUAAGCUUUUAGAAAUUUGUAAAAAUCCAGGUGUCAAAAUUUUGCUUUUUGCCCCAGAUCCAAAGCAAGUAAGAGAUGAAGGUGGUCAGGUAACUAUAAAAGAAAAUUUAGAAGUAAUGGAGAUGAAACAUGUUUUGAAUUGUUUGGGAGCUACCUGUGUAAAUAAAUACAGUGAUGAUAUUCAAUACGUUCUGAUCUAUUAUCUUUUUGAGAAGCAAAUAUACUGGAUCCCCGAUUUAAUAAAACUCAAACGACUUCCAAAUUGUAAGUUUUUUGGGUUUGGAACAAAUCCACGUAAUAUUAAGUCUUGGAAUUUAGAAGAGUUUUUCAAACAAGGUGGUUUUGUAACAGCCACAGCACCACUUUUCGUCAGGGGUGAAAAUGUUAUAUUUCGCAUUCUUACAGUUAUGAACCAUCAAAAGCAACUUUAUAAGGACGCAUCUUGGGAAUUUUUAUUAAGCAAGAAUGUCCUUGAUGCAUUGGACCGAUGCUGUAGAUUGAGAAGUGUCAAUAGCCAUAAUGCGCGUCUUGCAUACUAUUCACUAAUUGCGAAAAUUAAUAUGAAAAAGAUUCGAUAUUUUCAUCCUGAUGAACUGUUUAAAUACAACAUUUCGACAGAUUCACCUCCGUCGUUCCUCUUAAGCUUGCAUCGAACUAUGAUGAGGAUUCAUUCACAACAAUGGAAAAAAUAUCGACAUUUCAUUGUACUUUAUGACGAAAGUGAGGAUCUAAAUCAAGAUCUUCCAAUUGAAGGA